AUGGCAAUAAGCUUCUUCGAUCAAUUUCGCGAGCCCAUCCUACCUGGGAGUACCCCUGAUUGCUAUCGCAAUCGCCCUACCCUGAGUACUCUACCCCCACACCACCCUCACGAUGAGUUAACAAACCGACUAAUUACAAUUCAAGGAUGAUUAAUUAACCGAUUUACUAGUCAACUCAUACUACCUCUUAACGUAGGAGGACAUAAGUGAGCCCUCCUACUAGCCUCAUUAAUAGUAUUUUUAAUUACUAUUAAUAUGUUGGGACUCCUCCCAUACACUUUUACGCCAACUACUCAACUCUCUUUAAACAUGGGAUUUGCUGUGCCAUUAUGACUUGCCACAGUAAUUAUCGGCAUACGAAACCAACCAACCAUUGCCCUAGGACAUCUGUUACCCGAAGGUACACCAAUCCCUUUGAUUCCAGUAUUAAUCAUUAUCGAAACAAUUAGCUUAUUUAUCCGCCCCCUAGCCCUAGGCGUACGACUCACAGCAAACCUAACUGCAGGCCACCUGCUCAUUCAACUGAUUGCUACCGCUGUCUUUGUUCUACUGCCAAUAAUACCAACAGUGGCCAUCCUUACUGCUGCUGUCUUAUUUCUCCUAACCCUACUAGAAGUGGCAGUUGCAAUAAUCCAGGCCUAUGUAUUUGUACUUCUCCUAAGCCUAUAUCUACAAGAAAACGUUUAA